AUGUGCAAAAAAAAUAUUUUUCAUUUUUUAUUUUUGAGCAAUCAAAAAAAUAAUUCAAAAUUGCUCAAUUAUAGGUUAUCAGGAACAAAACUAAAUAGUGGGAAAAAUCGAGAUUUCACUCAGUUUUGCAUUGAUUUCAAACAGCGCUAUCUCUAUGUCUGUCCUGAUCCACUACGUUUUGGAAAAAAAGCUGUAGUUUUCUGUCCCUUAUAUGCAGAGAAGUGUCAAGUUGCACUACCUGAAAAGCCGAUGGUACCACCUUCUCAACGUACAAGGCAAGAAGCUCGUGCUUCAAUUGCUCGCUUAUGUGCGCAAAAUUAUAAAUUUGCCAGAAAUUAUUGCCGCAACAAUAUUUUACGGCAAUAUCCGCAGUACAGAGAUGCUUGCAUGAAAUAUAAAUACUUUUGUAUGCAUAAACCUCGAGUUUGA